AUGGUAAUCUGGCCGCGUCUGAGGACUCUUGUUUCGGCUCCUGGGGUGCAGCUCGGGGUAUCUGGUGUUUGGGGGAGGGCGCUGUGCUUAGGAUCCGUGCUGCAGCGUGGCGGGUCUCCUGUCACGUGGUCGCAGCCGCCCCUGCCUGUUUGCAGAGACGGCAGGGUCUGGCCGGCCGGGAACCCCCGUGUGGCUCUGGUCCUCGUGCUCCUGCCUCGUUCCUGGGCCCAGGGCUCUCAGGUGAGGAAACGCCUCUUUAUCUGUGAGGCCUUUUCCCUGUUCCAUGAACGUGGUGUGAGCUCCUACCUGAGGGACUGGACCCAGCACUCGCUGCUUUCUGAGACCGCCGGGGCUCCAGAGCCCAAGAAGCCCUGCUCUUCUGAGGACGCGCUGCACGGCCCUCGGCGCUCCCCCCGUGUCUGUGGGGCGGGCGGGCGGUGGGUGGCGCCCCCUGGCGGUCACUUCCAGGACCUGGUCUCGCCUGAGCCGGAUGGCGCUCCCCGCUGGAGGGGGUGGGUGGAGGUGCUGGAGCGCUGCCCCAUCCCGGACCUGCACUUGCAGCCCGACCUCUGUUUCGGCUUCGACCACGUUACUCGGGUGGAACUUGCAGGCCCUGGAGCUCCCUCGUGCUCAGUGGCCAGCGGGGCGCUCGUCAGUCAGUUUAGCAGCUCGUGGAGCCCCGGCUGCCUCUGGGGCCGCUCUGUUCCUGUGUGGGCCACCCCCGCUCCCCACCCCACCAACCCCAGCAGCUUUCUGCCCCUGCAUAGCUGCCUUUUCUGGGCGUUUCAGACAGAGGCACUCAUGUAA